AUGUCAAGUGAUGAAGAUAUAAACACCCCAUUGGUAGAAGAAAGAAGAGAAGUCAAACCAGGAUACCUCCCAAAGGAAGAAAUUGAGUGGGAGUUUGGGGGACCAGCUGGUGCGCUUGGUAUGAUGGUUGGAUUUCCACUUUUAAUGUAUUACAUGUGGAUUAGUGCCCAAUUCUAUGAUGGUAAACCAGCCUGGCCAGCAGAAGAUCAAACAUGGAAAGAGUUUGUUACUGGAGAUUUAUUUCAGUAUUUUGUCAAGUACGGGAUACCAUCUUUCAAGUCUUGGUUUAUUUUCACUUUUUUUAUGUUGGUUCAAGCUGGAUUUUACUUAACCUUGCCAGGUAUUUGGACUAAAGGUCAGCCAUUGACCCAUUUAAACAAUAAACAGUUGCCAUAUUACUGUAAUGCCGUUUGGUCGUUCUACACUUCUGUUGCCAUAGCUCUCGUGUUACAUUUCACUGGAGUUUUCAGAUUGACCUAUAUUUUGGUACAUUUUGGUGAAAUUAUGACCACUUCCAUUGUGUAUGGUUUGACAUUACCAGUCAUCUUAUACUUAGUAUGUCUUCAUGUUACCGGUGAUUAUCAUCGUAUGACUGGAAACCAUAUUUAUGAUAUUUUCAUGGGAGCACCUUUAAACCCAAGAAUUGCUAAGUACUUGGAUCUUAAGAUGUUUUUUGAAGUUAGAAUCCCAUGGUUUAUCUUAUUCUUCUUAUCCUUAGCAUUGAAUUUAAAACAGAUUGAAGAAUACGGCUAUGUUUCUCCACAGGCCUUUUUUGUUUUAUUGGCUCAUUGGUUAUACGCCAAUGCAUGUGCAAAAGGUGAAGAGUUAAUUGUUCCAACCUGGGAUAUGGCAUACGAAAAAUUCGGGUUUAUGUUACUUUUCUGGAACAUUGCUGGUGUUCCAUUUACUUAUUGUCAUUGUACUUUAUAUUUGGCUUAUCACAAUCCAAAGGAGUACCAAUGGUCAAUAGGAUACAAUAUUGCCAUCUAUGUUAUCCUCUUAGUUGCAUAUUACUUCUUCGACACUGGUAACCGUCAAAAGAACAGUUUCAGAAGACAAAUGGCCGGUAACACUUCUAUUCGUAAGACUUUCCCAUAUUUGCCUUAUUCUGAUUUAGAAAACCCUAAGUACAUUGAGUGUGCCAAUGGUUCCUACUUGCUUACUGAUGGUUGGUAUGUAUACGCACGUAAAAUGCAUUACACUGCUGAUUAUACUCAAGCUCUUACUUGGGGUUUAAUUUGUGGUUUUGCUUCACCAUUCCCUUGGUUUUUCCCAUGUUUUUUCUUUAUUGUUUUGGUUCACAGAGCACUUAGAGAUACAAAAAAGUGUGAGAGAAAAUAUGGUGAAGAUUGGAAUAGAUACUUAGAAGCUUGUCCUUACUUGUUUAUUCCUUACGUCUGGUAA